AUGCGGGCGUCUUCGGGUGGCGGCCGCGCGAAGGGGUUCGUCCCGGUGGCGGUGGUGACGGGUUUCUACGGGUCGGGCAAGACGAGCCUGCUGCACCGCCUCGCGGCCAAGCUCGAGGUCACCGGCUGCGGACCCGAUCUGCCGCAGCGCUUCAUCGAGGCCCUCUCGCGUCUCGCCCGCAGCGAUUUGUACGACUACAUCUUCGUCGAGCUCCUUGGCGACCAGAACCCGCUGCACCUCGCCCACCUCCUCACACUCUCCGACGCGCGCGGCACUCCUCUCUCCGACUUUCUUCAACUGGAUGCGAUCGUGUGCGUGGUGGACGCGAGUCGUCUGAUCACGGACGCCAAGUCGCGGCUCGACGUGGUGCGAGCGCAGCUGGCCGCCGCGCAGGUGGUGGUGCUCAACAAGACCGACCUGGUCUCGUCCCAGGAGCUGCGGAAGGUGGAGACGGCCAUGCGCCUCGUCGCCCACAACUCCACCGACGAACUCGACGCGCGCGUCUACCACGCCGUGCACGCCGACCUCGCGCCCACGCUCCUCACCAACACCGGACUCUUCUCCUACAACCGCGUCAUGACCCUCCCCUCGUGGCCCCAACAACUGUGGGUGCCGGAGCAGUGCAUGAAUGCGUUCGUGUACAGGGCGCAGCGGCCAUUCCAGCCCGACCGCCUGUGGAAGGUGGCGUCGUCGAGCAUCUCGCACCUGAAGGCCGUGGUGCGGGCCAAGGGCCUCGUGUGGCUCGUCUCGCGGCCCGACCGCUGGGGCUACUGGUCCCAGAACCCACAGUCCAUCGACAUCUCUGGCGGCGACGCUUGGUCGAUAUCCAGCGGAAAGGACAAACGGCAAGAGAUCCUCUUUGUGGGAGGGCAAGACUUGGACAAAGAGGCCAUCAGUCGUCUGCUGGACGCGUGCCUGCUGAAGGACACCGAGGCCACGCCCGAGCGCAUGGCCACCGUCCACGACCCCUUCCCCGCCUGGGAGCCCCUGUCCAGCUCUGACUCCGCCUCCGCCUCCGCCUCCACACCCACACACACGCCCGCCGGCGCCCCCUCGACUCGCCCGUCAUCGACAGACUCGGCCGCACUGCCGGCCUCGCGUCAAUCCGCGCCGUCGCCGCAAUCGCCGUCGCCGGCGUCGAUGGGCAGCGGUGGCCAGCCGAUGGCGCGCCGCCACCACGCCAACGCGGCGAUGGAGGCCAAGGCCAAGGCCAAGAAGGCCGAGAUGAAGGACUUUGCCGGGGCGCUCCGGGACGCCGCGAAGCAGGUGGUGGCCGACUGCCGCGCCCUCGCCGAGUUCGUCGAGCACCAGUCCACCACCUCGCUCACCGCCGACGAAGAUUCCGAAACCUUCAACGAGCCGGAGGAGGGAGAUGGGGAGGUGGAGGCGCAGGUGCUGCAGCUGGCCAAGAACCUGGCGAUGGCGGCGACGACGCUCGACCAGGAGAUCACGUCGCACAUCACGGCCCACCCGCAAAACUUCGGGUCGCUCAAGGAGAAGAAGUUCCUGGGCCUCCUCCAGCAGGUCAAGGACGCCGUGCUGAGCCUCAUCAAGGCCUCCAAGCACGUCGUCAGCAACCCCCGCGAUUGGAUGACCAAACAAAAGGUAAAUCAUUUUUAUUCUUUUUUAUAUACAUUUAUAUUCUCAAUCUUGUAA